UCUCCUCCCUUUCUCUUUCGGUCACCUACCCACCUUCCCUUCUACUCGGGAAACCUCUGUCUCUCCCUCCCCUUCCAUAUCGAGAUCUCCAAGCCCCCAGAUUUUUAGGGCUCGGGCUUUAUAAAAUCCUAGAGUUGGGUUUACAGUCGCCCCUAUCCCGGUGCCUCGUCCUCUGUUUUUUUCUUCUCCCUAUUGAGCUUGGUUGAUUGAGGAGUAUCGCUUGAUCAUUUUCGAUCUUUUUCUCUUGGCGCCUCUGCUGGGAAAACCAGAGAAAGCCGCGGGUUUUCUGGGGUUUUCUCAGGGUUUUAGGCGCCGGAACGAGGAAAAGAGGAAUCUUUUUGUGUUCCAAGGUUACUCUUGUUCUUAUCGCCCGGAGAGAGCUCGAUCGAAUCGCCUUUUUAAAGUCUUCCAUCGGGUUGUCCGCCUCUGGGAACCCUAAAGUUCGGUUCUGGAUCUCUUCCUCAUUCGAACCGAUCGCUCGGAAACAUGAUCUCCUCUUUGACGCAACCCGCGGCGGCCUUCGGCGUCGCCGAUCUCGUCCGGUCCAAAUCGGCAGCUCCAAGACCUAAGCUUGAUGUCCUUCCAUCCAUCGCGGCGGUCAAAACCCCUAAUUUCUCCCUUUCCUCGCGGAAACCCCUGUACCUCGCAUCUCCGGAGGGCUUUGGCUUCAGUUCCCGCGAUGGAUUCCUCUCCACCGCGAAGCCCCGCGGACUCGGGUUCAAGCGCGAGGCCUACGAGGCCGAUAGUUCGGAGAACGUGGAGAUUUCCCAUCAGGAGACUCGUUCCGCCGCCGCCCAGAAGGUAAAGAUCGGGAUCUACUUCGCCACCUGGUGGGCUCUCAACGUGGUGUUCAACAUCUAUAACAAGAAGGUCCUCAAUGCCUUCCCUUACCCUUGGCUCACAUCCACCCUCUCCCUCGCCACCGGCUCCCUCAUGAUGUUGAUCUCCUGGGCCACCAGGAUCGCCGAGGCCCCCAAGACCGACUUCAACUUCUGGAAAGUCCUCUUCCCGGUGGCAGUGGCUCAUACGAUCGGGCAUGUGGCGGCGACGGUGAGCAUGUCGAAGGUGGCGGUGUCAUUUACUCAUAUAAUUAAGAGCGGGGAGCCAGCGUUCAGCGUGCUGGUGUCGAGGUUUCUGCUGGGAGAGACAUUUCCGGUGCCGGUUUAUCUGUCUCUUGUGCCAAUUAUAGGGGGUUGUGCUCUUGCCGCGGUCACGGAGCUCAAUUUUAACAUGAUUGGUUUUAUGGGUGCGAUGAUAUCCAACCUGGCAUUUGUGUUCCGGAACAUCUUCUCCAAGAGGGGGAUGACGGGGAAGUCGGUUAGCGGGAUGAACUACUAUGCUUGCCUAUCAAUUCUGUCGCUCUUCAUACUCACACCUUUUGCUGUUGCAAUCGAAGGCCCCCAGAUGUGGUCUGCUGGCUGGGAGACGGCACUUUCACAGAUUGGUCCCCAGUUCAUCUGGUGGGUUGCAGCCCAGAGCAUCUUCUACCACUUGUACAACCAGGUUUCCUACAUGUCCUUGGACGAAAUCUCUCCCUUGACAUUUAGUAUCGGUAACACCAUGAAGCGGAUUUCUGUCAUUGUCUCUUCCAUCAUAAUCUUCCACACACCUGUCCAACCCAUCAAUGCACUUGGAGCUGCCAUCGCCAUCCUUGGGACUUUCUUAUACUCUCAGGCAAAGCAGUAAGGUUCGAAGGAAUUGGAGGAUCCAGUAACAAGGUCGACUUCAUGUACGCAACAGCUGCUGUGACUAUAUGGUGGUGGCUGACUCGAUUUUGGGCAGGGUUCAGCAUCAGCUUGUUGUAGAUAUAGUUUAUAUAGUUAAUAAUUACAGAAUGAAGACCUGUGCUGUUUUUCCCCGAGAGUCAUUGGUAUGAUCAUCAUACGCAAACUACUUUUUUUGCAUUUGAGCCACAAACAAGUGUCGUUUGAAAUAAUGGCUCAAAGUUAUUUGACAAUGUUUGUUGUGAGGUAAAACUAUAUAUCGAACAGCUCUGCGUGCACAACUGUCUUAUUCUUCCUUCCA